CAUUUACAAUGGUCCACACGGGUUCUAAAUCGUUGACGGCGACGGCGACAGAAUGGGGAAAAGAGAAAGGCGAAAGCAGGGAAAGAGAGAUGGUGGAGAACGGAGGAAGCGACGGUGGUAGUAACGCCCAUUGGUGGUGGGCCUUGGCCGGCGCAACGCAGCUUGGUUGGGGUAUCGCCUCUUUUCGGCGAGGAGUUAUCGGCGAUUCUAGCCUCAUGCCCUUUAAGGCCUUCGCCGUUGCUUCGCUUUUCGUCGGCGCUGCCUCCUCGUCCGCCAUCGCUUCCUUAAAGGCCGCCGGCAUCCACAAGCCAUUAUUGUCAUUCCUCACACAAAAUCAGGGGCUUGAUCUUGAUUUGUGUAAGAAAAAGUUGAAGACGUGAUGGAAGUAGGAGCUAAUAUCAGAAAUGGUUUGGGGAUUCGUCCAAGAACACGAGAUGAAUGAGUUUUUGUUUAUACUGUUCAUGAAAUCUUGGAUUUUGUGAUUUAAAGUCUUGAUCACGAGUCGAGUCGAGUCUUCGGCUCAGACUGCAAUUCGGAUGGUUAAAGAUUCAAGAAGAGGCUCAUUACUUUCUGUAUCAUCACUAUAGUUGGGUAUUUGUCUGAGUGUACUGAGUACUUGUGUAUGUUCAUAACCUUCCUUGAGUAAUAAUUUCUUCUUCAUUUAGGAAACUUCCAUCCUUCCUGGUGCUGAUUUGUCAAUCUUGUUUUUCCACUUUUUAUUUUUCUUUCUUUUCCUGGUCAUGCAAGUUAAAUUUCUUGUAAUGCAUGAAAGAUUUGAAUGGGUUGCUUCAUUAUUUAUAUAU